AUCCCGUGCUAGCUGCUUGUGUGGCACUUCCUCAGCUGGCUUCCUACGUUGGGCAGUUGUAGUCCUGUGCUGUAUAAAGUUACUACAAUUUUACAUAGAAACUGCCCAAGUAUUAUAACUGUUUUGUUGUAUUACCUGUCCACUAACAUCUCACAAGGAAGUUGUCAUUUUUGUGAAACGGCGAGAAUGUCGUUUCUAGAUGAGCCAAGAUCUCAGUAUAAGAGACCCAAAACAACUGUCAAAAUACAAGACUGGGAUCGUGACAAUGCCAGAAAGAUUCAUGAACAUGCAAACCUGCCAUUCUUUGAAGUGUUUGUGAAUGCCCCUUUGCACAUUUGUGAAGAAAGAGAUGUGAAAGGGUUGUACAAGAAGGCCAGGGCAGGGGAAAUUAAAGGCUUUACUGGUAUUGAUUCUGAAUAUGAGAAGCCAGAAGCCCCAGAGCUAGUGCUGAAGACUGAUUCUUGUACAGUUAAUGAAUGCAUACAACAACUUCUUGACCUUCUGCAAGAAAAGGAUAUUGUCCCUGUUGAUGCCUCAUAUGAAGUAAAGGAACUAUAUGUACCUGAAAACAAGCUUCAGCUAGCUAAAGUGGAGGCAAACACGUUACCUUUCUUAGAAAUUAAUAAGGUGGACAUGCAGUGGGUGCAGGUACUUGCUGAAGGCUGGGCAACUCCUCUCAAUGGUUUCAUGAGGGAGCGGGAAUACUUGCAGUGCUUACAUUUUGACUGCUUGUUGGAUGGAGGUGUCAUUAACUUAUCAGUGCCAGUUGUGCUGACAGCUACUCAUGAAGAUAAAGAAAGACUUGAUGGGAGCUCAGCAUUUGCUCUAAUUUAUGAGGGGAGACGUGUGGCCAUUCUCCGGAAUCCUGAAUUCUUUGAACAUCGGAAGGAAGAACGCUGUGCACGGCAGUGGGGAACAACUUGCAAAGAACAUCCAUAUAUUAAGAUGGUUAUGGAGAGUGGUGACUGGUUGGUUGGUGGUGACCUUCAGGUGUUGGAUCGUAUUUAUUGGCAUGAUGGUCUUGAUCAGUAUCGUCUCACACCUGCUGAAUUAAAACAGAAAUUCAAACAAAUGAAUGCAGAUGCAGUCUUUGCAUUCCAGCUACGUAAUCCAGUACACAAUGGGCAUGCACUGCUUAUGCAAGACACUCAGAAACAGCUAAUUGACAGAGGUUAUAGGCGACCAGUUCUUCUGCUUCAUCCACUAGGUGGCUGGACAAAAGAUGAUGAUGUUCCAUUGCCAUGGAGGAUGAAGCAACAUGCUGCUGUUUUGGAGGAAGGAGUACUAAAUCCGGAGUCAACAGUGGUUGCCAUUUUUCCAUCUCCUAUGAUGUAUGGUGGACCAACUGAGGGUCGAAGAUUUUGAUUUUAUUUCAGGAACUCGAAUGCGCAAGAUGGCAAGGGAGAAGCAAAAUCCUCCUGAAGGCUUUAUGGCCCCGAAGGCAUGGGUAGUCCUGACAGAGUACUUCAGAUCCUUGGAGAAAGCUUAACCACCUGUUUCUUACAAAAUAACCUUUUAUUUAAAAUGAAAUCUGCAGUUCCAUUAAUUCAGUACUGGAAUACCACAAGGCCUUUGUUACAUAAAACUACUUAAAAAGUAUUGUAAAUUACAGGUCAGAUAACCUUAUUUAACAUGUAGUUGUUUCUGCAUCCUUUGAUAAAUUAGAUGUUAGACUUGUUCCCAGCUGCUGUUUCUGUUGACAGAGUAGUAAUGUCUUUGUGAGACAUACUACAUGGUCCAUUUGUUUUUAUGGUGACUCUUGUUAACACUUGGGUAAUCCCCCCCCUUGCUUCGUACAAGGUGCCAAGUAGAAAGAGAAUCACUAUUUAGUAUCAUCUAAAAAAUAAGGCAAAAAGCCAGUAUUAUGUAUUUGUAAUGAUAGAUUCAGCAUUAAAAUGUACUUGAAGGUGUUUGACUCAGAUUGCAAAGUAUUAACGCACAGACAUUUCUCAUGCUGUAGCAUUUUGUUUAAAUCAUUGUAUGGUGGCAGUAAGACACAAUAGGACUGCUGUUCUACAGGACAGCAACUGAAUGGCUGGAAAGUCAUUUUUAUGUCAAAUAAGAUUCUAAACCUGUCACUUGUUAAAUUAUCUCUCUUAGCUGGUUCAUAUAAUAAGGAUAUGUGUAUCUUGCAUUAUUUAAACAAGGUAUUGAGAAUUCCUGUUUAGCUUUUCUGGGACCACACAGCAACCCUCAGCAUUCUUGCAGUGUUUCAGUAGGCAAUACUGUUGCAACAGACUUUACUUCCUCUAGUUGUCAUUCCCUGUAAUAUUGGCUUAUGGGUUCCAUUGUAUUGGCACCUAAAAGUUUUGUCCAUAGGCUUGCGUUUCCCAGCAAGCUUUCAAACCACAUUUUUAUUUAAUCUGGUGCUGUCUUGUUGGUGGAAAAACGUACCCAUCACAAUUUAUUGAAGUAAGGUUUUUGUCCCAUUUUAAUGUUUUGCUUUUAAAUUAAUGUGCAAGACUAUUAGUCAUAUAUUACCAUGAUAUUUUUAAGAGAUGCAGACCUUACAUGUCUUAAUAAAUGGAAAAUGUUAUGUCCUUGCUUUUAAAUGCUGUUACAUUUUACAUCCUUGUUUUUUUAAGUACUGUUACAUUUUACAUCCUUGCUUUUAAGUACUGUCACAUGUUCAACAUUUUUAUGCAGUAGAAUGCAAGCUUGUAGAAAUACAAGUAAAAUAAACUGGUACUAUCUUCUUA